AUGGCAAAGCCUUCUCAAAAAGGUAAGAAGGUUGGGGCGUCAGAUACAUCGACAUCGAAGCUUAAAAACUCUAAAGCUAGUGAACCGAUAGCUCCCAAAAGUGGAAAACAGUCUAGUGCCAAAAGUUCUGUGUCUAAAGUCUCUACAAAAGAACAAUUAUCAAGCACGCCAUGUAGCACUCCAUUAAUCGUCUGCACACGGAAGCGAUCUCUAGAAAAACACCAACCAAGUACCACUGACAAUCAUGAUAGUGAAAACCUCACAACCGACUCUCCAGUUCCAGAGCCAACGCAGGUUUGCGAAGAGGUUAAUUGCAAGAGGCCGAAAAACAGUGUCGCUUCUGAGGCUCAAGACCCCCUCAUCGACGUUACGGAUCGUCCGUGUGGUUUAGCGAGUCCGGGGGAUCUAACCCGGACACCGGAGCUUUCCCCCUUUUUGCGAACCACCACCUACGACUUUCGAUUUUCCGAUGCCGAGCUCAGGAGUUUUUUAUUGGACGCCACCUCCUUUCUCUGUUAUUUGUGGUGUCGUGUGACCACGCAUAUCACGCUUCAGGUACCCAAUAGUGCCGCCUUUCUUAGUGUGGGCGAACGGGGCCGGAUGGUAGAUUCGACCGCGCUAUCAAGUACUGCGGCUAACGAAGAGAACGAAGGGGCUUAUGGGGAAGGUUCGGAAACGAUUUUCGACUGGAAGGCGCUUCUAAUGGAUAGUAGUAAGGUGCAUGAGGAAGUCUACCGCACCGUCCGUAGCACCAUCGCGGCGUCCUGUGCACUAAGCCACCGGUCUUGCCAAGCUCUGUGGGGUCCGUGCGGCUCCGGUAAGCACCGCAUCGUUCGCUUGGUCACUGAGGAGUGCUCAAAGCAGGCUAACACCUUCGUGAUUCAGCUGCAUGGUAAACUUUUGCGAGGCGAUGAGGCAGCGAUCAGGGUCAUUGCACAACAGAUGCUAGAUUUCUUGAAGUCGCCGCACUCGGAGGCAGUGCGCCGCGCAGACUGGUCCAUUCGGACUGGGACUUUUGACUUUGGUCAGUUAUUCCACUUUGAAAAGGAGUUGGCAAUGGAGCCAACAACUCACACACAUCACGGUGGUGCCGAUCCAAUGUCUGGAGAAGGUCAUCUUUCCAACGGCGGCGAGCACGUUAGAGAUGGAGCCUUGGGACCCCAGGAGGGCGAUCAAGGAGGUAGAAGACGUGGCUUUGCGCCUGCCGCUGCUGUGAUGGGUGGGACUUCCAAUCGAGCUAUGGAGGCUGAGAAACCUUGGCUGUCAACCGCAGGACGGGGUGCCAUUAAGAAUACAAAGCACAUUUCGAACCAAGACGGCCCUUCGGUCCUGAACAACGAUGCUGAGUUUGAUUCCAGCAAUGAUGAGGAUGACGACGGCGGUGGAUAUCCUUUCAUUACAUCGACCACCACGUACCUUAGCGGUGGGGCGGCGAGUGCGCUGCCGCACCUUCAGCGCGCCCUCCUUCUUUUGAAGCACCAUGGGACCAAUCUGGUGGUUUGUUUACGCCAUGCCGAUCAGUUUAGUGUGUGGUGUGAUCGUCUACUCUACGUUCUUUCAGGUCUUAUGCACGAGAGCGAUGGCCAGGGCGGGGGGAUGUCGCUGCUGUUGACCAGUUCCGCCUCGGAUGUACGGCAGAUGGAAAAGCGGCUGUCCAGUCGACUGACCUGCAUAACAUGUUAUGUGCCCUUGUUGACGUGGACUCCCGCGACGCUGCUUCGCGCGGUUAUUUCGAUUCUCGUCGAUUGGUGUGAAUGGAAGCUCGACGAAAUCGGACUACGGCAGGACGAGGAAGCACACCGGCGUCAAAUGCAAAACCAGCCAGAUGAAAUGGAUAAAGAUAAGGCGAAAAUUGCGAAUCAGCACCCUUGUAAGGGUAGCGCCAACAAUGUUAACUCCAAUGACAAGCCCAACAGCGACGUCGAUGGAGCCGAUGAGGCAUUGGGGCUGUUUGCGAAGCGCACAGCCGAGUUAUCUCGCCAAAAGGCAUCUCUCCACCAUCUUCUUCCUUUUCCACCGGACGAGGCCUCCUUCGAGGUCGCUCCGGUGGCGCCUGAGGAGGCUGUUUAUUUUAAUCACGCCGAGGGCGGGCCGCGUUUGAAAGGCAGACGCCCAAGAAAGCCAACAAAAGGGGGGUCUGACGUCCCCAAGAGGCCGUCCUUGUACGCACACCCGACGUUGGCGCUUGAGAUGUUGGCGUUUGUGUGCAAACAGCAGCUCCGCCGGCUUGAUGAGAUGGGCACGCGAGCAGCGGAUGGGAGUGGGUCGUGGACCUUGGCGAACGGCUCCUCGCCGGAAUGGACGGAUUCGGCUGACUUUUCGCUUAUUUCUAACAUUCUGCGGCUGACGGACGACCUUUUCGCGGCGGGUGGUACCCCUCAGGCUUCUUUGGCGGCGCUUGUGCAGUGUUUGACCAAAUGUAGCUCGGGGGCGCUGGAUCUCAUACGUCCUGAGGAUCAGAUCGAGGUGCUGGAAUGGCUGCGGCAGCGUCAGGGCCGAGAGGAAAUCUGGCCUUGGAUGGAGGCCGUUGGCCACGACGACGACGCCUGCAAGAUUAAUAACCUUGAGGGGAGUCCGCGAAUUCGUGUGGGGCUUCCACGCUUCCGCCAGUGUGCGCCGAUGAACUUACGUCGAGGGCCACGGGCACCAGCCCUUCGGAAGGAAAACACCGCGCCGUCCUCCGCAGUGCUCGAUUCCGCGUUGUUGGUACCUCACUUAUGGGGCCUUCUUGACGAAGGUCAGCUUGUGCGGUUGGGCUACUUUUCCCGAGAAUCGGUCCAGAUCCUCUUUUAUAUGCUGAUCCACCAGGAGGCUGGAAUUGAUCGACGAUCGAUCGCCGACCUUUUGGAGGAUGUAUCCUCUUCCCUCGGGGUGAAGGCAGCGGCCGCGCUGGAUCGUGCGGCUUAUCGAGCAUCAAUUGAACAGCUCAUCCGGUGGAAUUUUCUGAAGAUGCAGGAGAUUGGAGAGUCGGUGUCUCUGAACAUUGGUGCUAGCCGAUUACGUGAAGCACUUAAGGAGAUCUUUUCACGGCAAGCAGAUUGGUGCGAAGACAUUCUUGGUAUCGAUCCAAAGGACUACAUGAGAAUGCGGAGCCUUAUUGGGUAA